AUGCCUCUUACUCUGUCCGACGACGGUCGAUAUGCUGCAACGAUAUCCGACAAGGAGCUAAGGAUCCAUUCCCUCCAGGGAGACGGGGAUGUUCGGCCAAUCCCUCUACAAGACUUAACUGGACCAGUGAAAUUCUUACAAUGGGCUGCUCGAGAUCCCCAAGGCGACAAUGAUACCACAGCACAGCGCGUUUUAUGUGCAAGUGGAAAUAAAAUCUUCGUUUAUGACGCCAAAGACGAGACAUGGUCGGCCAAAAUAGAUGCUGGAGAGAAUACCACGCUGACCCAUGUGAAUUUCUCUCCAUCAUCCGGCGAGGUCAUUGCUAUACCAGAAUUCAACACACACCUGACUAUAUUUUCUCUUUUGUCGGGCCAACAGCGAGUUAUCAAAGCUCCGAAGUUUGCUGGACAUUCGACCUACGCGUUUCGGCCCAAGUCAGGUCACCUGGCUCUCUUGUCAAAGGGCAAGACAGGCGAUGUACUAUCUCUGCAUGAAGUUGAAACUCAUGAAGUUAUCACGGCUGUGAACCUGGCUACUACGGACGCGAGAGGCCUUAAAUGGAGCCCUGACGGAAAUUGGAUUGCUGUCUGGGACACAGCUAGCCAAGGAUCCAUGGUGGUUGUUUAUACGGCAGACGGCCAAUGGUUCAGAAAUUAUGAAGGUUCUAAAACAGGAGACGAUGACGACGAUUUUGGCGUCAGAACCAUUGAAUGGAGCCCAGAUUCUCAACUUCUGGCCAUUGGCAGACACGAUGGCACUGUUGAGUUGAUAAGCGGAACAGCAUUUGUGCUUGUAGCAGUGCUGGGAGACCCAACUGUCGAGCCUAUUGGGCGUGAUGUUUACGUUGAACAGGGCUCUAGCAUAGCAGAUACAACGGAAUAUAUGCUGGCUCCAGAGUCACCAGUCUUUCCGUAUACUUAUAAUUUAUCAGCUGAGGACCGGAUAGUCUCCAAUAUAUCUUUUAACCCGACGAGCAGUACAGCUGUAACUAUUGAUGAAAGCAUGCCAAACAUAGCUUGGAUGUGGUCGAUCGAGGGCAGCAAACCAAGACUGUCGGGAGCGCUGGUCCACAAUGCAAGCAUCAAGCAGCUAUGCUGGAAUAGCGAAAUCCCCGAGCUUCUUAUGACCGUGAGCGGAGACGACACCGUGCUAACGGUGCACCAGUGGCUCUGUGGACGUAGCCCUCGCGGGACCGUAAUAAGGGGCCUGCGAGGACGACCGGACGCGGGCUGGAUCAAGACGGAUAGAGAGAUGGGCGGUCUCUUCUGGGUGGGAGGGCAGAGAGGGUAUGAGAUGGGCUACCUUGUCGGUACGGGGCAGUCGACCCAGAUGCACAAAGUGGUCGACAUCGAUGCCUCAUCGCAUCCUCCCAUGGACGAAGCCGACUUUCCUCUCACCAAAACAGAAACGCAGGAAGGAUACGUUAAAACAGCAACAUAA